GUGGUUUUGUCGACACGUUGCAAGGAGAAAGACAUCGUUGAAUAAGCAUGCAAGGAGUUCGCCUUUAGUGGGCCCGACGGGUAUAGGUCGUUGGCCAGUUGGGAAUGCACGUAUAUAGUGUUGUAGUUCACCUGACGGUUAGCGUGACAAGAAGAAGGCGUUUAGCAACAAGUAGGGAGAGGAGAUUUAUUUACAAAAUAGACCAUGCCCGUACUCCCUCCGUCCCAGAAAGAGGCGAUUUCUGGAGGGGAGGAUUUGUCCCACAAAGAAGCGAUUCCUCCACAGAAAACAAGAAAACUUCAAGUCUAUCAUAUCAUUUGUGGGCCUAGGUGGACAGCGACUUCUCCUCCUCUCGUUCACACCUCACAUUGCAAAAAUCUUAUCUCCUGCCCGUCUCUCACUCUUUCUCUCGUGUUUCUCUCCCAUUCCCAAAUCGAUUGCAUCGAUGCAGCGGCGGUAAGAUGCGAGACCUCACCAAGCUUCCGACCCCCUCCCCACCUCCCUCCCACUCCUCCCAGCACAUCCCGGCGGUGGAGGUGAUGGGGAGACGCGGCUUUGUCGGCGGCGGUGGAGGCGAUGGGGAGACGCAGCUUCAUCGGCGGUGGGGGCUUGUAUGCCUAAUUGCUUAUCAUUCCCGGAAGAUUUGAUGCGGUUGCUUGAUGCACGAGCCGCGUUGGUGAAGGCAAACAACACUGCAUUUCUUUUUUUUCUCUAGGUUCUUGCUAUGUUCAUGCACUGCUUUUCUUUUUUCUCUGGGUUCUUGCCAUGUUUAUGCUGUUGCCAGUAGUACUAGUAUUUUCUCAAUUGGAGAGAUUUUCUUUUUAAGUAUUUGCUUUCGGCAAUGGAAACUUUUGGCAUUUUUUAUUCUGCGUCAUAUGCUUCUGGCAUGUGUAAUCAAUAGAUGCAGAGAAAUGACAUAUGUAAUCAACAGAUGCAGAGAAAUGACAGUAAUAUAUGGAUGUUGUCACGGAGGGUAUUUUCAUCAUUUUACAUUAGUACUAAAUUUGCAUCAGGGAUCCAGGAAUUGCUUCUUUCUAGAACGGAGGGAGUACUAUCUACAUGAAACAUCGAUGAUACAAGAUAUCAUCAUAAUACUUCGACGAUUCCACCUCCAGAAACCAAUGUCACAUUCAAAUAUUAUGAUACUACGACUUAUCAUGAUGUCUUGUCAUGGAUAUAUCAUAAUCAGACCACCAUGAUACGGCGAAAGUAUCACACCUAACCAUGCAGGCGGGGCGAGUUGCAGCAGCCCGCAACCCAUUAGAGCAAGUAUAAUAGUGAGCUAUAAGCCUACUGUAAGCUCAGGUAUAGAAGAGAGAUAUUGAAAAAUUAAGGAUACUGGCUCUCAUGCAAGAGCUAGCUUAUCAUAAGGUCCAAGACAAAUGCAUUAAAUAUAUAAGUGAGAGAUAGAGAGAUAAAAAGAAAAUUGUAGCCAAUUUUAUAGCUAAUCUAUUAUAUAUAUUGGCUUUGAGAUGGGCUAAUAUUAGGAAGUGGGCUCUAUUAUUACCCUUGCUGUUAGCAGUGUUUGUUGCAGCCUGCAAACCCACAAACUAUCUGCUGGGCUAUUCGCGGCCAGUCCGCCAACCCAUAAACAAACCCACCAGGCCACCACACACACAUCGCUACUUUACUGCCUCACUUUCACUGCCACGCAUCAAUCUACCUGUGUAGGUGGAGGAGCAGCGGAUGGUUCGGCUUCGGGCACUGUAUGACGAGCGAACGCCGUGCACAACAAUGGAGGAAGAUGGGAUCGACGAGGAGAGGUUUCGGCGGCGGCGGAGGACGAUAGGCAUGCGACGGCCAUCGGCGAGGAUCAGUAGGGGAGCCGCGUGCGGGUUCGUAGACGUGGUUAAUGGGCCGAUGUAUGUGACGGCCCACGUUUUUUCCGUUGACAGAAAUACAUGGCGGUGUUUUAUCACCGCCAGCGUCACAGACGGAAACGGAGUACACGACUCCGAAUCCGAUGCGAGGAGAAGCCUUCGCCUCUUCAUAUGGCAGGCGAAGGCCGCGGCCGCGUCGUCUCUCGUCUCUCGUGCGGCGCGCGCAUGGCUUCUCCUCCUCCCGGCGACGACGAGGCGGCGAGGGCUCUCGCGCUGGAGCAAUGCGAGAGGGACUUCAACGCGGUGAUCGACCGCAUGCUCAACCUCAACCUCGACGGCGAUGACGCCGCCGCCUCCUCCGCCGCUUCUCCCGAGCCUCCGGCACCGCAAGCCGCGCCCGCACCCGAGGUCGCCGCCGCCGCCGCAGUCGACGGUGCAGCACGGGGCGACCGCGGGUACUGGGUCGAGACCAUGAUGCGCGAGCUGUGGGCCGCCGCCUCCAUGGACGACGCCAGGGAGCGCGGCGCCAGGGUGCUCGACGCGUUCGGGGCCGCUGUCGGCGCUGGCACCGCCGCGAGGCUGGACGCCGCGUCGAGGCAGAUCGGGUUCCUCAAGAGGGCGGUGCUGUUCCACCACCGGCUGCGGACCGCGCAGGAGAAGGCGCAGCGGGAGCUCCGGUGGCAGCUCGACGACUACAGGGAGCAGGUGCGGCGGCUGGAGGCGUCCAACUACGCGCUGUCCCUGCACCUCCGGCAGGCCGACCUGCGCCGCGGCGGCGGUGGCGGCGGCGCCAUGCCCCACGGCCCCGGCAACCCGGAGAUCUUCUGACCUAACCUGACCGGAUCACUGACCAAUCUGACAUAAUCGACAUGGCGCCAUGGCCAGCAUUUCAGGAACCAAUUGAGGAUAGGUUUCACUGAUCUCUUGGCAAUGGUUGCUGGCUAACUCGACCGGCUGACCAAACAAUGAAACAAAGAUUCAAACAAGAUAUGCAUAAUGAAGUGAGCCAACGACUAACAAUUCGCAAAUGUUCUUGAAAAACGGCUUGGUACAAGGUGAGCACUGAGCAGUGAUAUACAAGAGGCAAAUGGUUUUGUAGGAGGUUAGAGA